GGGCGGUUUGCUUCCGGCAUGACCAACUUGCUCGGGAAGUUGGUUGAGGGUUGGACGACACUUAAUGGCUCUGACAGCGAAGCGGUUGCGAGGCAGUUCACACCAUUUGUUGGAGAACGAACACAUCGGCCAACUGGUUGCCAUGACCGGUACGACUACAACAGCUCCCAGGAGCUCCCUGACACGCAAGAUGAACUAGAUGGAGAUGAUGGUCUCGACAAGGGCGAUGAUGACGACAUGGAGAAUGUGCAACAUGAAACCGAUGACGAUGAACAUGUUGAAGUUCGUGUAGGUGGUAAGAAGGACAAGGCUGCACCAGAUGUCCCCCCACCGGAGAAAGUCAUUGAACAGACAGUUGCGAGAGACAAGGGGGUGUCGCCCUCAAAGAGGGGCAGGGUUCCAGAGGAUGUUGGACAGGGCUCUGUUGGCAAGAGGUCUAGGACCGAUCCCAUAGUUGCUAGGAGGAGCGAGGCGACAGCUGGUGGACGAGCAGUUAAGAAGAAACAAGCACCAACGCCAACCCAUGUUUCUGCUCGAUUGAACAAGGGUGCUCCCACUGCUGGUGACACCACUUCCACUAGGUCGUCUCCUCGUACAUUGACGUCCAACACCGGGGAUCCUGUCGUGUUGGAAGACUUGAGGAAGACAAUCAAGAAGGUGAAGAAGACUACUACACGCGUGACCAAGCAGAACCCUAGAGACCCACUCGAACGCAUUCAUUCAAAGCUGUCGACAAGUGGCAACUCAAAUGUUCAUGAGGCGCCAGUCGAGAAAACUGUUGCUGCACCGUCCACUGUUCCCACUAGCUCUGAUGCAAGCGGUCGACCAUCUCCGCGCGGUUGCAGAUGUGCAGGCUACAAUAACAGGCAUCCGUACAUCUGGGAGUGAUGAGUCAGUAUCUGCCAGGACUGCUGAGAUAUUGCCCACUCUGCUAGCAAUGAGGGAUGCUGCUGUGACCCAUGCCACUCGAUCAGCAAGUGUUGAAGUGGACGCUCCCGAGUUCAACCUAAGCAAGGAAGAUCCCCGCUCAUCUGAUACGGAUUCCAAGCGCGUGGCUGCUGGUACUUAUGCAUCCACAAAAGAAGGGGCCGUGGUGACAAUUCAGAAUGAUAUGCCAUCCACAGGUGAGACUCAUGGCACAACAUCUUCAGCUUCUGGUGGUCCAGAGGUUACUACGACGACCGUUGCGCGAGCUGGUCUUCCACCUAGGAGUCGUAGCCCCCACAAGCAACCUGUAGACAUACCCAAUGCACCAGAUGUAGCUAGGAGCAGCAGAGAUGACUCUGAUUAUGUGACUGCUUCCACACUGUUCCCACCACCUGCCAAAAGCAAUGUUAUGGAGAAAACGGAAGUCUGGAGUACAACUGACGCAUGUAGCAAGCCAGGCACGACUGACGGAGGUGAACGUCCGGAGCAGACCGCGUCUUUCACCGUCGUGGAGAACCCCAGCUUAAAUCUGCACACUUCGAAGCUCCCAGUCAACAUUGGUGUCCCGUACAACCCAAACAAGAAGAUUGGCAAGAAUGUUGUGAAUGAUACCGGUGGCAGCACGCCCCACCCUGCUAAUAAGCAUGAUGAUACUGCAGCAGAUGAGGCAGAAAUGUUUGUUGAUCUGUCACCCCUGGAUUCUGCCAAGCAACUUGUUCGGGAUUAGGCUGGUAGGGAGGAGAGGCACCCAAUGGCCUUCACCCCACCGAGCUGUAGCCUUGGCAUUGAUCGCAGUCAAGAUGAACCAGUGGUGCAAGAUUCUCCACCAGUUGCCUUUGCUUUCCCGGCAGGCAUGGCCCCAAUGAUGGCGCAGCCAAUGGCUAGUGGCAGGAAGGCUGUGAAGUUUGCAGAGCCGAUAGUGCAAGGUACAUUUUUUUGUGUGUUUAUCAUUAUUUUUUCUACAUUUUUUUAGUCUGACGUUUGUCACAAGCUUUUUUUGGUUUGUCACUGGUGAUGGCAAAUCUCAUCUGAUGUACAUGGCAACUGGAGUUGCUGCAACAUGGCACCUACAGUUGUUGCCACGUUGCAAUUCCAUUCGCCAAGCACAUGGCAACUGGAGUUGUUGCAACAUGGCAACUUCAGUUAAAUGUACUUGGCAACUGCAGUUGUUGCCACAUGGCAACUACAGUGCACUAUACAAGGCAACUAGAGUUGUCUCCAC